AUGGCUGAAAAACAAAAAGGAAAAGGUUUUCUAAGACCAUCAAAGACCGCAGCAAACUUUGAUGAUACACCCUUAUGGAAUCAUGUGAAAGUUAUUCAACUUGCUGCUGGUGGUGGUGGAAAUAGGACUUGGUUGUGCAACUAUUGCAACAAAAAGGUUACUGGAUCAUAUUAUAAAGUCAAAGGACAUCUUUUAAAGCUUUCAAAUCAUGGGGUUGAAGCUUGCAAACAAAUAAGUAAUGAUGUAUACGCGGUUUUAAAAUUGGAGCAUGAGCAAGCUGAAAGUAAAAAAUUAUCCAUCCAAGUAAAUGCUAGAAAAAAAUCAGAUUACAUUUCACUACCAGAAGGUUCUGAUUUAGCACAACAGAAAAAAAGGAAAGGUGCAGAAGGUGGAGGUAUUGAAAAAGCUUUCAACCUUCAUCAAAGAAAUACGGCGGACAAAUUGGCAGCCCGUAUGUUCUAUGCAUCAGGUUUAUCAUUCAAUCUAGCAAAUUCUCCAUACUUCAAAAAGUAUUCAAAGUUUCUAGCAGAUAAUCCUUUAGCUGGUUAUACUCCUCCAACGUAUAACAGGCUUAGAACGAGUCUUUUAUCUCAAGAAAAGAUGAACAUUAUGACAAAACUGCAGCCAAUUAAAGAUUCAUGGAAAAAGAAAGGGUUGUCAAUUUGUUCCGAUGGAUGGUCGGAUGUUAAGAGACGACCAUUGAUAAAUAUAAUGGCGGCAUCUAGCGGGGGACCAAUAUUUUUAAAUUCCAUUAAUUCAAGUGGAAUUGUGAAGGAUGGUGACUAUGUUGCUAAUCUAUUUGUUAAAGCAAUAGAAGGAGCUGGUUCGGAGAAUGUUGUUCAAGUUAUAACAGAUAAUGCAAGUAAUAUGAAACUUGCCGGUAGUAUCGUAGAGCAAUCUUUUCCUCGCAUCUUUUGGACACCAUGUGUAGUUCAUUGUUUAAAUCUAGCAUUGAAAAGCAUGUGUCAACCUUCGGAAAAAUCAACUCACUAUAAAAAUUGCAAGUGGAUGGUAGAGUUGAUUAGUCAAAUGAACAAUCUGAAAAAUUUUGUGGUGAAUUAUGACAUCGCUCAUUCUAUCUUUAAAAAAUAUUCGGAUUUAUGUAUGUUGAGAGUUGCUGAGACAAGGUUUGCUUCACAUAUUAUCAUGGCUGAUCGUUUUCAAAAAGUGAAGAAGUUUUUAGAGCAAAUGGUGAUGGACGACGAAUGGAAGCACUACAAGGGAGAUAAGGUAAUUGAAGCCAAAACACGUGACAUUAAAUCUCUUAUAAUGAAAGAUGAAUGGUGGGAUAAAGUUGACUUCUUUUUAGAAUUUACGAAACCAAUUUUAUCUAUGCUUAGAAAUGCCGAUCUUGAUUGUCCAAGUUUACACCUUAUAUAUGAUAUGUGGGACACAAUGACCGAGAAAGUGAAGAAAAUUAUUUUUGCGCAUGAGGGGAAAGAUCUCCUUACUGGUCAAUCGGAUUUCUUUGAUACAAUUCAAGGAAUUCUUGAGGCUAGAUGGAAUAAAAGCAAUACCCCAUUGCAUUGA